AUGGCGUCCAAUGAUGCAGAAAUUCUGCAAGGUUUGACGUCCAGUGCUGCAGAAAUUCUGCACGCCUUGACGCCAGUGCUGCAGAAACUCUGCACGCCUUGACGUCCAGUGCUGCAGAAAUUCUGCACGCCUUGACGUCCAGUGCUGCAGAAAUUCUGCACGCCUUGACGUCCAGGGCUGCAGAAAUUCUGCACGGUAUGACGUCCGCAGCAGCAGAAAUUCUGCAAGCAAUGACAUCCUGA